GUUGAGUUAGGUAAGAUAAAUUGACUCAAUUAUACAGUAUAACGUCGAUCAGGUGUAAUUUCGGAUAUACGCCUUUCUUGUAUAAUCGCGCCGGUAGAAUCGAAGACACUCGACAGCACCUCGAUUAUUAGGUUCGAUUUAAAAUCCUCGAAUUGUGACAGAUGAGAAUUGAGAGGUGCGAGGAAUGAUAAACAAAUGCAUACUUUGAAGCUGACUAACCGAAUCCGAAUCGCUGAAUAAACUCUCAAAGAUAAACAAUCUGAAAUUAUUGACUUCAAUCUCACGGCUGACCGCAUAUACUUGACAUUCGUCGAACGGAUACGUGCUGAUAAGAUAAUUCGUUUCCUCAGAUAACGAUCUAUUCACGUUUUAGCGACGGGAAAUAACAGUGCGUUAGCGUUGAGAACCGAUUUGAUUGAAUUAAGGAUGACGACCGAAGCUGGCACCUCAAAAGAUGAUCAUCCACCUUAUGAUUUUGGAAGCAUACCUCCAAAUUCAUCCAGCGAAUUAGAUGUAUCAAGAGCAGAAAAUCGUUGGGGAUUAACCAUGAGACGUCCCUCGAUACAACGGAAACAUGCACAGCAUGCUCGUUAUAUGCCGUCCAGAACCUUAGCUGGUUUGGAUGAGCAAGCAAAACACGAACGGCAUGGACGGACAACUGCGCUUCUAUAUGCUACCAUGCGAGCUCAUCGAGAGCCUGUCUCACCAACAGAAGAUCGUGCAAUGAACAUAGCGAGCCGCAUGGAGUUGGACGACGAAUUAAUGCACGAUGAUCCGAUAUCAGAGCUUCUAAGGAUAGAAAAACUGCGAGACAUGCCACAGUGUCUUACUGUGAAAAGGACAAUCAGGGCUAGGCUUACAACGUCGGUCAACGAAAAUAAAAAAAAAAGGAAACCAAUCAGCUUUUGGAAGCGACUGAAAUACAAAACCAGUAUGAGUUUUACCAAGAUUGGUAUGGCAAUGCGUGAGGUCGCUUCAACUAUGGAGCUUUGGUAUCAUUCGAUCAAGGCAAUCGAGGGUCAUUUUGGAAGCGGGGUAGCUACUUAUUUCAAAUUCCUGCGUUGGUUAUUCAUUUCAAACACUAUAUGCUGUGUCUUAAGUUUGGGAUUUAUCGUUCUACCACAGUCUUUGCUGGAAGCAUAUUCAGAUACAGCUUUUAGUGGAUGGGAUCUUUUAACAGGAACUGGCUUUUUUACGGAUUCGAUAAUGUAUUACGGAUUUUAUUCUAAUGGAACAGUCUCAAAAGGAUCUAGUCUGACAUACAGCAUUCCAUCAGCGUAUUUCAUGACGUUGUUAUGUUGUUAUAUUUUCACUUUUCUUCUUCUUUCAAUCAAAGUUGCACGUUCUUAUCGUAAGAAUUUUAUUGAAACUGCUGGUGGUUUAACCAACCUAUAUGCCAGCAAAAUAUUUUGUGGUUGGGACUUUGGCAUCGCUUCUUACAAAGCAGCAAACUUACGCUCUGCUACCAUUUAUGGAGAACUGAAGGAGUUAUUGGGCGAAGACCAGAAAAAAACACACAAAGGCUGUGUCAUAAAAACUUAUGUGCUGUUAAUUCAAGUAGCUGUGACGGUAUUAGUAAUUACUAUUAUGUCCAGCACUGGAGUAUUACUAUGGAAAUUAUUGACCGAGUACACAUUGGACUACAGUCAAACUUUCUUUACUUUGCUUGUACCAUUAUGUAUUACGAUCUUCAUGAACCUGUAUCCAGCGUUUUUCUCAUGGCUGGCUCAAUUUGAAGGCUAUGCGAGUAAACGCACAACUCUCUACGUGACAAUGAUAAGAACCUAUAUUAUGGAAGUUGUGAUUGUUGGAGUGCUCUUGGCCUUUUGGCUUCGUUCAACUAAAAGUUGUUGGCAGACUGAAUUUACUCAGGAAAUAUAUCGGCUAAUUAUUCUUGACUUCAUAAUAUCUAUAGUUCUGAUAUUCAUGGCUCAAAUGAUACGAUCAAAGAUUUACAUAGUAGGAUGGAAAAAAAUUGGGGCACCAAGAUUUGACAUAGCUCGAAACACCUUGAAUUUGACUUACAAUCAAACGUUGUUUUGGAUAGCUUUCUACUUUAGUCCACCAAUGUCAGUCGUUAUUCUUGCAAAAUUGAUCCUGACUUUUUAUAUCAAGAAAUACGGAGUCUUGAAUCACUGUGAACCACCAUCACGAUCGUGGAGAGCUGCGCAAACGCAGACUCUGUUUUUGGCACUAGCAUUUCUGUCAAUGGUUGGUGUACUCACAGUUCUUGGAUACAUCGUGACGAGUAUAGAAACUCAGGAUUGUGGCCCGUUUCAAGAUUACGAGUACACCUGGCAAAUGGUUGUUUUGGGCGUGCUGCAGCUAAAAAAUGACAGUCAAUUCUGGGUGGUUGUUACUGGAUUAGCAAAACCUGGUAUUGGCGCUGCGAUACUAAUUGCAAUGUGCGUUGCUGUUUAUUAUUUGCGUGCCAAGGCAUAUGCCAGAAAAGAGAUGGUUGAAAUUUUAAGAGGCAUGUUGGUUUUGGAAGCUCAGGACAAGGAUUUCCUUCUAAAUGGAAUAUCUAAGGUGACAGAGGAACAAUGGUUGUAUCACCUGAAUCCACUUCUAACACAACGACCUAGUUCGCUAACCAAUCCUCAGCACGAGCAUGUUCUGGGAAGUCCAGCUCGUCACCGUCGUUAUAGUAAACUGAACUAUCAUGCCCAAAAACCAAGUAUAUCCUCGACAAAUUAUCAGGAAUCAAAUAGUAUAUUGUACAAAUCACUGUCUCCUGAUUCUUAUCAUGAAAGUAUUGAUAAUAGAAACGAUCAGUACAUGGAAUUGACUCAAAAGUCAAGCACUGUUUCGGAUACUAGUAGUAUUCAUGAUUCUAUAAAAAGUCAGGAUGCAAAUGAAGGCAUUGCUCGUCAAUACGACUUCGUUUAA